AUGAUUUCGAAAGAAUAUCAUAAACAGUAACCUGUGCAACUGGAAUACAAUUAAAUCUAUUGGAUUAAACAAAUGAAUGAGAAUUUCAAUUAUUUAAAUUUUAUUCUCAUUAGACUGAAAAACAGCACUUAUUAACAAAAAGUAGAAAAAUAAAAUGAAAAAUAAGGAAACAAAAAUAUAUCAUUAUUUUAGGUAUUUCCAUUGAAAUCAAAAGUAUUCUUGAUAAAUUGUUAGGGUUGA